UUAUUGUAAAUGUGACCUCUGACCUGACCAGGAACUUGAUUAUUUCGUAAUACCGCUAAAACAGAAAAGAAAAAGAGAAAGAGAUGUGAGUAAUACGCACAAAUCUUUGCGGUCAGCGUUGUAUAAUUUCCGUGAAGCUUACUGAGACAAGUAGCUGCGCGCGCCUGCGGAGGUCGUGACCCUUGUUAAAGAUGGCGGCUGCGGAGACGGCGGUUCGGGUGUGCGACACGGAAGGCUGCGCCAAGCCCGCGCGGCUGCAGUGCCCCAAGUGCCUCCAACUGGGCAUCCCGGGCUCAUUCUUCUGCUCACAGGAUUGCUUUAAGGGCAGCUGGGGCUCGCACAAGAAGCUCCACAAGGUCGCAAACAUCAAGUCAUCCGAGAGUGCCGCGACCUCCAACCAGACAACUCAGAAGUACAACCCCUGGCCUGGGUACAGGUUCACAGGCAAAGUACGGCCUUUCCCACUGAGUCCCAAACGUGAAGUGCCUGACCACAUCCCACGUCCAGACUAUGCUGACCAUGUUGAGGGGGUGCCCUCUAGCGAGCUCGCUCUGAAAGGCAGCACACAGAUCCGGGUUCUGUCCGAUGAGGAAAUUGAAGGCAUGAGAGUCGCUUGUCGGCUUGGUCGUGAGGCUCUGGAUGCGGCAGCCGCGGCCAUCGCGGUCGGCGUGACAACAGAUGAGAUUGACAGAAUAGUUCACGAGGCGAGUGUGGACCGCGAAUGUUACCCUUCUCCACUCAACUACUACACAUUUCCCAAGUCCUGCUGCACGUCUGUGAAUGAAGUCAUCUGUCAUGGCAUCCCUGACCUUCGACCCCUACAGGAUGGCGACAUUGUCAAUGGGGAUGUGACUGUGUGCCACAGAGGUUUCCAUGGUGAUCUGAACGAGACGUUUUUUGUUGGGAAAGUCGAUGAUGCCAGUAAAAAGUUGGUUCGGGUGACACACGAAUGUCUGCCCAAGGCUAUCGAAGCAGUUAAACCAGGUGUGAGGUACAGAGAAAUGGGCAACAUUAUCCAGAAACAUGCGCAGGCCAACGGGUUCUCAGUGGUGAAGACUUACUGUGGGCACGGCAUCAACCA